AUGUGACAAGAAAACUAAAAUGUAUGGUAGAGGCUGUAUAGGAAAGUCCUAUAAUAUUGAGUAUUUGACUAAAAAUAAUUUGAGAAACUGGACAUUCCCAGGACUUACGUGGAUGAAACAAGUUUGUUACUUGAUGUGAACACUGGAAAAUCUAGACUACAAUAUGUGACCACUUAUUCCAGACCCUGAUAGAAUCAAAUUGGGUAAAGUUUUUACAAUGGAGGACACAUUUUUCUCCAUACCACCUCUUUAUGAAGGUGACACAGAAGAAGGAGAAAUGAACCAAAACACUACUAACGAUGUACGUGACAUGAACAGUGUUGGUCGUCACUCUGUUGAUUACAAAAAUAGUUUACAGUUUAGAAACACGGACAAUAUUAUGAACAGUGUUACUUCCACAAGUUGCCAUGGUAACAUGAAUAAUGAAUUUGUCAACCCUCCUCCAGCUAAUAAUUGCCAUGCCAGAAUUUCUGAUGUUCACAUCACCGAUUCAUUGAACAAUAAGGGAGAUAACCCUGAUAAUGGCAGAACAGCAAUUAUAUUACAAAGCCCAACAAGCCAACAAAAUACACACAAUGUUCAAAUGAAGUGUGUACAGAAUCAGCUAGAAAAUGAAACCAGCGUUCAGGAUGAGAAAUUAGUAGAUAUGUCUGAUAUUAGUGCCUACACUAAAAAAAUGGUGGAAAAUGCCCUGAGCCAAUCAGAAACAACAGAUUCUUCUAAUUCGAUGUCAUAUGCACGACAAGAAAAAAUGUCAAAAGUUGAGAAAACCAACAAAGGAUAUUCGGUCAGCUCGUCAUCGUCAGCCAAGCCUAAUUCCACAAGAAAGUCAGAUGAGUUAAAGUCUAUGAAGGAAACAAAUCUGGAUGAAGCAGUGAGACGAGAGACGACCAAAGUGACUGGAUCAGACGAUGUAACCCUUAAAACGUGCAUUCGAUGUAAAGCCAUGUUUACUAAUAUAACAGAUGAAGGUGUAGCCUUGUCUAAAGAUGACAAUUUCACCUGUCGGUCGUGCACAGAAAGUUCUGCUGAAGAUUGUGCCGUAGGGGACUUUCGCGUUGAUUUGAAAUAUGGAGACAAAACUAAUAAAUUGAAUAUGGGUGAAAAACUAAAUAAAAAUGUUGGUAUAAAAAUAUUAGGGUUAGAAAAAUCGAAUGAAGGGGAUUUAGUAUUUGAAAUAACGUAUGGAAAAAAGACUGAAAAAAUCAGUAUUUCUCAAGAUGAUUUGGUGAGUGGUGAAAUGACGAUAAAAUUUAAAACAGAGAAGCAGAUAAUCAGACCAUUUAUUCCUGCUAAUGUACAGCAGUUUCCAUGUUCUGAUUGUGGUGAUUCUUUUCGUGAAACGCGUACAUUAGCCAAUCACAAACUAACACAUCCAUGCAUUAAACCCUGGGUGUGUUUAGAUUGUGGCAAGGAAUUCAAAUACAAAAACCUAAUGCUACGUCAUAAAUUAUCUCACACAGACAUCAAAGACCAUGUCUGUAAUGUAUGCAAUAAAGCUUUCCGAACAAAAGCAAACUUAAAACGUCAUAGACUAGGUGCUCACAAAGAUGCUGUGACAGAAACAAAGACGGAACCUGUGGAAGCGUCAGAAGACAUGGAAUCAACAGUUAAUGAGAUUCCGACAGUGGUAAAAACCCGAAAACGGAAAGUAAGUGUGGAAUAUGAUGUUGAUAGCGGAAGUGCCGAAGCUCCAGAUGAUGAAGAUGAUGACUAUUAUGAGGAGACUGAUGACAAACCAUCUCGUCGUAAUUCUAGUCCAAGAGCGACUCCAAGUAAGAUUCGCUACAAUUGUAAGAUGUGCGAGAAGGGCUUUACGAACAAGAGCAAAUGGAAACGUCACGAAUUAUAUCAUUUUCAGAUGAGAAUGCCAGUGUGUGAAAUAUGUGAACGUUCAUUCGUGGAUAAAGAUUAUCUCAUGGAACACAUCCGCACACACGAGGAUAAAUUCGCGGAUUAUAUCUGUAAAAUAUGCGGCAUGGAAUUCCCUUUCACAGAUGAGUUGCAACACCAUGUGGAAGGACAUUCCAGUCCGGAUGAAAGCACGGUUAAUAAUUCAGACCUCCAAACAAAUUUAACUCAAAAUGGCAGUGGUUCACACAACUGUGACGAAUGCAACAAAAGUUUCCGAUCCAACUAUAUAUUACAGCGCCAUCUGGUCACCCAUAAUCGUGCGACGUGCCAGUGUCAGGAGUGUGGCAAGUUUUAUUCUUGUCGCUACAAUCUUGCCCAGCAUAUGAUGAUACACAACACCCAUAGUCAGUACAUAUGUGAUCAGUGUGGAGAAUCGUUCAAAGUUAAACAAUAUCUCAGUCGUCAUAUGAUCAAACAUCGAGAACAGAAAACGUGGGCGUGUAAUUUAUGCGAUUUAAAGUUUUAUCGUCAAGGUAACCUCCGUCAUCACAUGAAACAACAUGUGGAGGAGAAACCCUUCCAAUGUACACACUGUCAGAAAGCUUUCGUACGUGAAAAAACAUUAGAGGAGCAUAUCUUAUUGACUCACACAAAAGAACGUCCAUUUCAAUGUCCAGUUUGUGGGCGUGGUUUCGGUUUACGAAGAAUGAUCAAACCACAUAUGAAAAUUCAUUCGGGUUACAAGGAACAUAAGUGUGACGAAUGCGGGAAAUUAUUUACGUAUAAAUCUAACCUCAACCAACACAUGAUGGUGCAUAGCGGGGAAAAACCCUUUAUAUGUCAGUAUUGUGGUAAAGGUUUCGCGCGCAGUAAAUAUUUAAAUGAUCAUAUGAGAACACAUGCGAUAACUGUACCUAAUUUACCUGAUAUAUCAAUAACUACCAUACCCUUACAAUAAUCACCUUAUGAUAAACUGUCAUACCUAGUCAAUCAGUGUCAUUUCACAACUAUAAUUGAAAUGGGGAUUCUCUGUGCCCACUGAGUGAUGGAAGGCAGUAUGAACACCAUGCUGUGUUCUAUGAGGAAAAUUUUGCCAGAAUAGCAUCAUUCUUGUUUACUGUUCAUUGGAUUCCAACUGCCAAAGGUUUGGUUUAAGCGAACUUAGCGUUAGCUAUCACCUGUAUAUCGCAAACCAAAAAUGAGUAAAGCACUUAAUUAUCUACACUAGGGCUUUCAUUUACAUUUUGCAAGACGGCCAAGUUUUGUAGUAUUUUGUUUAUGAAUAUGACAUUUAUCCCAUUUUGAAAUGACAAGUGUUUCACACAAAAAAACUUUGAAUUGAAUGGUAUUUAUUAUGUUUUUAGGUUAAAAUCUAUGAAAUACUAAUUGUGUGGCAUGUUAUUUAACUAAUAGGAAAUUCUCCAGUCAUUUUCAGUAUUCUUCAGUCAUUUUCACUAUUUCCCAGUCAUUUUCCCACUCAUUUAAGAUCAGCAAAGACGACUAAAAUGAGAACCCUAUUCAAUCUCAGCUCGCAACAACAAAAUAGAUUUUAACUUUUAAAAGUUAAAGAUGCAUUAUGUAAGAUUGAGAUAAAAAGCUGGCCGUUCUUGCUAUAAUAGUUCAAAAAUAGAUAAUGAAAAUAUUGAAAGUUUCAGUCAAAUUACUUUAUUCUUAGCAAAGUGACUGGUGUUUGAAAUUUUGACAAUAAAGUCUUGAUUGUCAAUUACCAUUGCCGUGAUAAUAAACAGUCUCAGUUAUAUAUUUUUAAGUUAAAUUAUUAAAUGGCAACAGUGUUUUAAUCAAUUCAAUAUCACAACAAUCGGAUGGUCUAGAGAGUUGAAUACAGCCUUGUGAUGUGAAUAAAUGCCUAAUUUAUCAGUUAUAAAACAUAUGAAACCCCCAAAAUGACCUACUUAAAACAGAUUUAACUCUUUUAUAAUACAUCUUUAAAAUGUCUUUAUGCUAGUAGGAAUAAUUUUUGGUCAUAUACCAUAUUAAUUGUUUAAAAUAGAAAUAUUAAUGGUUUGACCUUUUAGCACUUGGACUGCCCAAAAAUACUGCCAAAGUCACCUAUUUAUUGACUGUAUAUUACUAGUUCUGUGAUUGGAUUGUGUAAGGAUGAGUCUCAAGAACAGAAGUUUUGAAUAUUAGCUACAAAACUUAAUGUAAAAACACAGGAACAGAAGUUUAGAAUAUUACCUACAAAACUGUACAUACAAGUAAAGGCUAAUUUAAGAAACUGACAUAAAAAUUACCUAACGGUAGGUAAAAAUUUGGGUUGUGUAAAAAAAAUAAAAGAUCUCAUAAGGAGGUGAUUAUGUUUACUGGUAGCAUGUAAUUUAAUAAUUGUAUACAUUUAUUACAGGUAUUUACAUUGUAUAUGGUGAAUACAUGUACAUGUAUCUAUAAUCUAUUGUUAAAGGAUUUAACAUCGGUGUAUAAUACAUACAGCGAUAGGCGCAGUGGGGUUGGGGUGGGGCUCUCCCAUCACCCCAAGGAACAAAAGGCUCUAAUUUAGAGCAGGCCCAUAUCUGGAUCUGCCACUGUACACAUAUACGUACAUCGUAGACAACUUAAUUAUAAUACUCCUUUAUUGUUGAAAUUAAAGCUGGAUGGUACAUUUAAAAACAAACUGUCUUACAUUUUAAAGAUGCAUUAUGUACGAUUUAGAUAAAGAGCUAGCCAUUCUUUCUAAAGUAGUUCAAAAACAGAUAAUGAGUAAUGAAUAUAUUGAAAAUUUCAGUCCAAUUACUUUUGUCUGAGCAAAUUUAUCAGUGUUUGAAGUUUUGAUAAGAUGUAGCAUUUUUAGUCUUGAUUGUCAAACAAGUUUCAUUGCUACGAUCAUAAAGAAUGUCUUGAUUAUCCAUUAGAGCGGUUGUUCUAAUCAGUUUAAUAUCUUGUCCAUCUGAUAGCCUAGAUUAUGGUCUUGUUAUGUGAAUAAAUGUCUAAAUAAUUUGAAUCAGGGGCGUGCUGGCAGGGAGUUUAGGAGGACGGUGUCCUCCCAGGCCCCCAUUAAACAAUAAGUCCACCCGUAUAAGCGGGCCCCCCUGAGAGCUCUAAUUUUCACGCGGAAUCCCCUCAAAAAAUUGAGAGUGCGCACGCGAAAAAUCAUACGUACACAACGAUUAGUAAAAUAUAUUACGCUGACGUGCAAAUGCCUGUCACCUUAAGGUGAAAUGGUCUUUGAUACAUGUAUUCAUGCCUCGAUAUGUAUAAGAUGCAAUUUAUUAUUUGGAUAGAAAUACAUUGUAUUAGCAUUAUAUUAAGCAGACCUGUCAUGAGUGUCUUGUGUAGUACAGUAGUAUGUCUUAUAGUCAAAAUAGCAGCAUAAAUUUUGAAAAUAUGAUACCUAGAUUUCUCCCAGAAGUGCUUGCAAAACACGUUUCCCGUUGUCAAAUUUUGAAAAUUUUCAGGGGGGAGAACCACCAGACCCCCCUACCAGCGGCGCGCCUUCGGCGAUCCCGGGCCCCUUCGGGGCCAGCACGCCCCUGAUUUGAAUAACAUAUAAAGCUAGAAAAAAGACCAGCAAUAUGCAGAUUUAGCUCUUGCAUAAUGCAUCUUUAUGUAAAUUCUUCCUUUUUUUUUCCUUUGAAAAUAUAACUGCCAUAUCUACAUCCAUUCUGAUUCUAGUUUUUGACCAUAUCAGGUCAUCAGCUUAGAUAGGUGUGUUGUGAUUGUAUGCCAACUUUUAUUAAAUAAUCUAAGUAGAUUGUUGUUUUAUUAUAGCUAUUUUGGGUGUUAAUGAGUUUACUAUUGAAAGUAGUUGUAUAUUGAUGAAGAAAUAUUAUUUAUUAUAUAUUAAUCAAGUAUACUGGUACUAAUGAAUACCAUACCUAAUAUUAUUUAUUACAUUAUGUAUACCAAAUAUUUUUAAAACUAAUUCUGAAUUACUUUAAAGCAUUUAGUAAUUGGACUUAUUAAAAGUACAAAUUUAUGGAUACACUAUUACUGAAUUUAUAACGAGGAUACUUCAUAAAACGUGCUUGUGAUUAUAUAAUGAGAGAGAAUGUGGUAUAACGUCCCCUUGACACAAACUAAGUCAUUUCGGAACAAACAUAUGGUUCAAUAUGCUAUUGUCACGUACAAGCCAGAAUGACAGACCUUAUGAUAUAAAGCGAACGCUGUUAUUGAAUUCAUAUGUUAGAAACGAACCAGGAUCUGCCACAGGCCAAGUUUAAAACAGUCAUCUCCAUUUGUUAUAAUGGACACUGGCAUAUAUAAUUUAUGAUAAUGAAUGUACUGAUUAAUCAAUAAUAGAUAAAACCAAGAUACAACCUAGGACUGCGUCACUAUUGCCCUAAAGAGGUUAUGUGACAAAGGGACCAUGGAAAUUUCAUUAUUUACAUAAAAUGAAAUGAAAUGGGGUUUAACAUCCUACUGUUCUGCUCCGAACUGGCCUAAUGAAGGCGAGCAUAUGCUAUACAGUGUGGUAUGAGAGAAAUUUCGCCCAGACACAGAAAGGCACUACGGUCUACUCUUAUAUCGAAUUCCAACUGCCAAGAUAUCAUUAACGUGCACGCCAAUGUGUACACGGGACCUAGUGUUUCAUCCCAUCAGAAAGAAUAUUGCCUGGCCCUCAGUCCUGCACCACUGACACGUCGAAAAAUCCUGAAUAACUUUCUUGGCCAACGCAGGAGAUCAAACACGGUACCUCCAGGUUAGUGAGCCAACAUCGUACUCACUGGGUGGGGGGGGUGGAUGGCCGAAUGGUUAGCACGUGCGUGCUGUAUUAUAAGGCCUGUCAUUGAAUUAACUGGCGUGGUUUCGAAUCCCCGGUUGUACGGUACAAGGAGUAGGGUUGCCUGUCCAACCUCGUGGGUUUUUUCUGGGUCCUCCGGUUUGCUCCCACUGCUAAAGACCCCUACGCGCAAGCGAAUCAUUGAAAUAAAAUUAAACCAUAUGUUAGUCCCGAAAUGACCAAGUUUGCGUCGAGUGGACGUUAAACCCCAUUUCUCUCUCUCUCUUGUACUCACUGAACCACUGUGGCUCCCAGAAAUAAAGGCAAGAGAGUAUCCUCAACAUUGCAAUUUUGCAUAGUAAGAAAUUCAGUAAUUGUGUAUCCUCAAAAUUGUAUCUGGUUUCAAAUUCUCAAUUACAUGAAUUUUAACGUGUAAUUUAUAUAGUUAUCAUAUUCCUUCUCUCUGAAUUCAUCUUUACAAUGACAGUGGACAUGUGUCUCUCUGAAUUCAUCUUUACAAUGUCAGUGGACAUGUAUGGUGUUUUAGUGGUGUUUCGUUAUUGAACUGGAAAUACAGACACAAUUCUAUGGAAUACAAUGUUUAUUACUCAGCAACUUUUCUACUUGAAUUUUCUAGUCU